AUGGCUGCAGAGAGAAAUCAAAAACUCCGGUCGGCGAACCGAGCCCAGCUAACGAAGCUGUUUCAACGAGCAUCAAGUUUGAUGUCUGAUGAGCCGUCCGUAGAAAAUGUGGAAACAUUGGACUUGACGUACGAACUAAUCGAGGAGAAGAUGGACUAUCUAAAAACAUUAGACGAAAGAAUUCUGUCCAAACUUUCAGAUGAAAAGAUGGAAGACGGCAUUGCCGAAGCAGACGAAUUUAUGUUUUCAGCUAAAGAGAAGCUGCGUCGCAUUCGAAAACAUAAAGAAAAUAUACAGUCAGAAGAACGCCGAAGCGAGCCUUCGAUUUCUAACGCUCCCACUCCAAGUGAUGACCCUCCGCGGAGCAACAUGAAACUAAAUUACAGGCUCCCCAAACUCAUCCUAUCCAGGUUUGAUGGAAAUCUCCUUCAAUGGCCCGCUUUCAACGACGACUUCGUCAGUGCUAUAGCCGACAACGAGAUGCUGUCAACUAUCGAGAAAUUCCAGUUUUUACGGGCGCAGUUGGACGGCGAAGCGUUUUCUACGAUCGCGGGAUUACAGCUUACGGCUAAUAAUUACGAAAAUGCGAAGGAACUUCUUCGAGAAAGGUAUGGACAAACUCACAAAAUAAUUAACGCAUUCAUGAGAGCUCUUUGGGAGCUUCCACGCCCCGAUGAAGAAAUAAAAUCAUUGAGAUUUUUUUACGAUAGGAUCGAGACUUUCAUUAGAGGACUCAGCUCUUUAGGAAAAGAAGAACAAAGUUAUGGAGAACUCUUGAUUCCUAUGAUUCUAGAUAAAUUGCCUGCCAACACGCGCAGACAAAUCGCCAGAGCGCAUGGAAACAAUGAAUGGUCAAUCGCCGAUCUGCACAGUACACUUAAGUCUGAGAUCCACGCCCUUCAAGCUGGAGAAAUAGACGGGUUCAACCAAGAGAAAUCGUACCGACCCACUGCUGCGUUUUUCACCAAUAGUACCACGAAGAAAACGACGAACAAGCCGAAAAGAAAAUUGAAAUGCGCUUUCUGCAAAAAUGAACAUAGCUCUAUCACGUGCCCAGUUGUGUCGGAACAGGAAAAACGCUUUGAAAUAGCAAAAAGAGAAUAUUUAUGCUUUAACUGUCUUACGCCCAACCAUACAAGCCAAAAAUGCCUUUCUAAAUUUCACUGCAGAAGUUGCAAUGGAAAACACCACACCGCCCUUCAUGCUAAGCAAAAAAGUGAAGCAAGCGCCGCUCAGAAAGCGCGGGAACCGCCUGCCGUGGAACAUGCGGCGAGCACCUUCACUCAAGGGGCAAAAAAUCAAAGGAAUGUUGUCUUGUUAAAAACGGCUAUCGUGGAGGUCUCCAACAAACAAACACCCUUCCAAUUAUCGGCAACUAGUGGGGUCUUGUUCGACGAAGGAGCGACCAGAUCAUUCAUCACAGAAGAGCUUGUUCAUAAACUUCAGCUCCAGCCAACUCAUUCUGAGGAGAUCAAUCUGUCUGUAUUUGGAAUGGACUGUAAACAACCUCAGACUUUUGACAUCGUCACAAUCUCCCUGAAAACAACAUCAAAAGAAUUUGUUGAUAUUAACGCAGUCGUCGUUCCUGAAAUUUCUGCUCCACUCCAUAAUUUAGUGACACGUAGGACAGCCAAUUUGUCCCACUUAAGGAACUUGAGACUGGCUCACACACCAUCUGAUGACAGAUCGCCUUUUUUCGUCUCUGUGCUAAUUGGUGCCGAUCAUUACUGGGACUUUGUUGAAGAUACAAUCAUGCGAGGUCCAGGGCCCACCGCUGUCGCUUCCAAAUUUGGAUACUUACUCUCGGGCCCCGCCCACUCCGAUGACUACGUCACAGCAAACGACACCGCUUUUCAUGUCAUGGCGAAACAGCGCAACGCAGAAGACGAUACCCUGGACAAAUUCUGGAACCUAGAAUCCAUUGGCAUUAAAGACAAUAAACAAACUGUCCAGGAUCCCUCCGAUUUUCAGAAUUUCCAGAGAAAUUACAUUGAAAAACGUGAUGACCAAUAUGUGGCCAAAUUGCCGUGGAAAACCGACCACAGUCCUUUGCCUACGAAUUAUCGCAACGCAUGUCAUCGAACACGUAAUACCGUGCGCAAGUUACCAGUAGAAACACGACGCGUGUAUGACACUAUCAUCAGGAAUCAAGAGAAACGCAACUUUAUUGAGAAAGUAGGCGAUGACGAUACUUCCAGUGGACAUUACCUGCCUCACCGCCCCGUAAAAAAGGAUUCGAUUACAACACCAAUUCGAAUAGUUUACGACUGCAGCGCAAAGGCCACACCUGAUGACCCCAGUCUGAAUGACUGUCUAUUUAAAGGACCGCAGCUACUUAAUGACCUUGUUGGAAUCUUUUUAAGAUUUCGAAUUCACAAUGUCGCGAUCACUAGUGACAUUGAAAAAGCAUUCUUAAACAUAGGAUUGCACGAAGAUGACCGAGAUUUUACGAAAUUUUUGUGGCUUGAAGAUCCAGAAGACACUGAAAGUAAGUUUGAAGUGUACCGCUUUACGUCAGUUCUCUUUGGAAGCAUUUCCAGUCCAGCCAUUCUUAACUCCGUAGUACGCUUGCAUUUGGAUAUGUCCGAGAAUGGCACCGCCAAAGCCCUGAAACGGGACGUCUACGUGGAUAAUAUUGUGACGGGAACUGACACCUCAAACCAAGCCAUUCAAAUGUACGAGGAAUCAAAUGAUUUGCUUGCAUCUGCAGGAUUCAGUCUUCAAUCGUGGGCUACCAAUGACCCCAAACUCCGCAACAUAGUCGAAACUGACGGAGUAGCUCACGCAGACCACAAGAAUACACCGAUGUUGGGAAUGAUAUGGGACACUGAACAAGAUACGUUAUCUUUCAAGUCCGGUGAAGAAAUCCCAGUCAGCCAAGUCACCAAACGCGAAGUGAUUAGUCGCAUUUCUCGAGUUUACGACCCGCUAGGUCUGUUAGCACCAGUUAUUGUUCGAGGUAAAAUGUUCAUGCAAGAACUCUGGAAAGCGGAACUCGAUUGGGAUCAAACUUUACCUCCAGAACUAAGCGAAACUUGGAAAGAAAUUGCUGCUGAUCUUGAACAAUGUUCAUUGCUGAAAGUUACCCGGCAGUAUUUCUCAAACACCAAGGAGUCACAACAGCCCAUGGAAUUACAUUGUUUUGUCGACGCCAGUGAAAAGGCGUAUGGAUGCGCCGUAUAUCUACGAAACGGAGAACAAACUACUUUAGUCAUGUCCAAAUCGCGCGUUGCCCCAGUGAAAACAAUCACUAUUCUGCGCCUUGAACUGAUGGCAGCAGUUCUAGGAACCCGCCUCACAAGUUUUGUUCAUGACCAACUGAAAGAGAACAUUCACAUUGCGAAAUGUGUUCUGUGGACAGACAGCCAAAUUGUGCUGUGCUGGAUUAAAAGCGACAAACAUCUACCGUUGUUUGUCCGAAAUCGUGUCAACGAAAUCAAACCGUCGUUGUUCAACGAAUACAGAUAUUGUCCGACGGAUGACAACCCAGCCGAUCUCAUAACACGCGGUACGACCGUAUUGUCACUAGAAAUCGCAACUAUAUGGUGGGAAGGACCCGCCUGGCUCACACAGGGAGAUUGGCCCAUAGGAGAGUACAAUAGUACUGUGAUGCAUUUGAGAACAGAGCGGGUAGAGUUUGCCCCACUUACCCCAAGUGAUUCGUUGAAUGAACAACUCUUUAAAAACAAUCCAAAUGUCAUUGACCCUACGACCGCAGUUCAGGGUCAUUCCGUUGAAACUGAUAUUUCCGACAAAGCCAACAACCAAAGAAUGCGAGGAAAUCAGCCGCUCACAACGAAAACAGACAUUUCAGAGGUGGUCGACAUAGGCCGACAUGGCACGCUUCCGAAACUAUUAAACGUUACGGCAUUGGUGCUCAGAUUUGUUGCCGUUAUGAAGGGAAAAAUACACAAGACGUCAUCUUACGUUAUUACAAACGCCUCGCCUUCUGCAGAAGAAAUCGUUAAUGCAGAAGAAAUAUGGAUCAGAAGAGCACCGUGGUUUGGUGGCUUUUGGGAAAGAUUAAUUGGUCUCACGAAGAAUGCAAUGAGAAAAACACUAGGACGCGCUCGCAUCACGCUAGACGAAUUGCAUACCAUAACAUCGGAAAUAGAAGCAACACUGAAUGACCGCCCCGCCUACGUUAAUGAGGGUGAACCUCUUACACCAUCAAUGCUUUUGAACGGACGUCGAAUCAACACACUGCCUUGCCCACUGACAGAUGAGGAUGAAGGAUUGGAUCCGCAGAUGGCAAAAUCUCCAAAGAACGCUUGA